AAUGGCAGAAAUUAUGGAAGAAGAUAAAGUUACCAUUAAAGAAGAAAUCUCUACUGUAGAUGAUACAUAUACUGUAUUUGUAGUGGGAGAAGAUGUAAAACAGGAAAGUACAGAAAAUCAAGGUGAAAUUGUCAAGAUUGAAGAAGAUCCCCUUGUCUCUGAACAAAAGAGACUAAAAAAGAGGAAGCUGGCAGAUAUAAGAGAUAUCAGUUAUCCCUGUAGAAAAUGUGAUUAUGUGGCAACUCAAUCAGGUCAUUUGAAGACACAUAUUCGAAGUAAACAUGAAGGAGUUAAAUAUCCUUGUUCUCAUUGUGAAUACGCUGCCACUACAGAGACAUAUUAAAAAUAAGCAUGAAGGAGUGAGAUAUCCUUGCGAUCAAUUCAAAUAUGCUGCAACUGAACCAUGUAGUCUGAAGAAACAUAUUGAAAAUAAGCAUGAAGGAGUAAGGUAUCCCUGUAAUCAGUGUGAAUACACUGCAACUGGUGUACAGCGUCUGGAGUUACACAUUAAAUCUAAACAUGAAGGAGUAAGAUAUCCUUGCAACCAAUGUGAAUACGCUGCAACUGACCAAAAAUAUCUAAAGAUUCAUAUAAAAAAUAAACAUGAAGGAGUGAGAUAUCCUUGCAAUCAAUGUGAUUACUUUGCUACUGGUGUACAGAGUCUAAAGUUACACAUUGAAUCUAAACACGAAGGAGUUAGGUAUACAUGUGAUCAAUGUGAGUACGCUGCCACUACAGCAGGUAAUCUGAAGAAACAUAUUGAAAGUAAGCAUGAAGGAGUGAGGUAUCCCUGUGAUCAAUGUGAGUACACUGCAACUACAGAGGGUAAUCUGAAGAAACAUAUUGAAAGUAAGCAUGAAGGAGUGAGGUAUCCCUGUGAUCAGUGUGAACACGUUUUUACUAGUGCACACAGUCUGAAGCUACACAUUGAAUCUAAACAUGAAGGAGUGAGAUAUCCCCGUGACCUGUGCAACUACGUGGCCAACAAAGCAAUAAAUCUGAAGGUACACAUUGAGAGUAAGCACCAAGGGGUUAGAUAUCCUUGUGGCCAGUGUAUGUAUGCUGCAACUCAUCCAAGUAAUCUGAAAAAACACACUGAAAAAAAACAUCAAGGAGUGAGAUAUCCUUGCGAUCUGUGUGAAUACGUUGCUUCUGAAGUACAGAGUCUGAAGGUGCACAUUGAAUCUAAAUAUGAAGGAGUAAGAUAUCCAUGCGAUCAAUGUGAGUAUGCUGCCAUUACAGCAAGUUAUCUGAAGAUUCAUAUCCAAAAAAAACAUGAAGGAGUGAGAUAUCCCUGUGAUCAAUGUGAAUACAUUGCUGCUAGUGUACAGCGUCUCAAGUUACAUAUUGAAUCUAAGCAUAAAGGAGUAAGAUAUCAAUGCGACCAAUGUGAGUAUACUGCCAAAACAGUAUUUGUUCUGAAUAGACAUGUUAAAAAUAAACAUGAAGGGGUGAGAUAUCCAAAUAUGCAAAUACGCUGCAACUACAACCAGUAGGCUGAAGAUACAUAUUGAAAAUAUUCAUGAAGGAGUGAGAUAUCCCUGUGAUCAGUGUGAAUAUGUUGCAACUCUAUCCUGUCAUUUAAAAACACAUCAAAAAAGGAAACACAUUAAUUAAGAAAGGCUUUGCAGUGUAAACUUCAAACUAUUACUUCCUUACUAUCAAUUAGUCUUCUUUUUGAAGAAUUUAAUAUAUUAAUCCAACCGUGU